UGGGCUUGUAAAUGUGGAAACGAUCAUCCUCGUAAAGCGUACGCACCAAUGCAGUGACGAUGUAAUGGGGCUUAUUUUUCUCGUUUGAUGGUGGAUUUUAAGCUUGAAAACCCGCAGCUGUACGUAGGAGUCUGAUUGUAGAUUAAUUUUGGACUGAUUUACUGAAGUAAUUUCAUAUCAACUGGAGGCGAAAUUACUCUUUAGAGAUGCUUUCUAGCUUAGCCAGAAGAUUGGGCCCAGUUUCAAGGCAGCAUUUGCCGAGAACUGUUGCCAUCGCAAGCAGGCAGCUGAACACAGAUGUACAGUUGACAACAAAUCCUUUCAAACUUCACAAGCUUGAAGAAGGUCCGAGGACAACAAGCACGCUGACCAAGGAUGAAGCCUUGAACUACUAUCACAAGAUGCAAACCAUUAGGAGGAUGGAGACGGCUGCUGCAACCCUCUAUAAAUCAAAGGAGAUUAGAGGCUUCUGUCACUUGUAUUCAGGACAGGAAGCAUGUGCUGUAGGUAUUGAUUCAGUGUUAACACCAGAUGAUGCAGUUAUCACAGCAUACAGAGCUCAUGGUUGGGCCUAUCUCAGAGGUGUAACCUUACAUGGUGUGCUAGCAGAACUCACAGGCAGGAGAACCGGUUGUGCUAAAGGCAAGGGAGGUUCCAUGCAUAUGUACUGUAAGAACUUCUACGGAGGAAACGGAAUCGUAGGGGCACAGGUUCCACUCGGUGCUGGGAUUGCCAUGGCACUUAAAUACAUGGAAACCAAGAACGUGUGCAUCUCUCUGUACGGUGAUGGAGCUGCUAAUCAGGGUCAGGUCUUUGAGGCAUAUAACAUAGCCAAGCUCUGGGAUCUACCAUGUAUCUUUGUGUGUGAGAAUAACAAAUAUGGAAUGGGAACGGCUGUCGAGAGGUCCGCUGCAUCAACGGAUUAUUACACCAGAGGAGAUUAUAUACCAGGCAUCUGGGUUGAUGGUAUGGAUGUUGUAGCAGUCAGGGAAGCUACCCGUUAUGCCAAGGACUACUGCACAUCAGGAAAGGGUCCACUUGUAAUGGAGGUUGAGACCUACAGAUAUCAUGGACACAGUAUGAGUGAUCCAGGAACAAGCUACAGGUCUAGGGAAGAGGUCCAGGAGAUCCGACAGACCCAGGAUCCUAUCACCAAGCUCAAAGAUACCAUCCUUGCUAAUGAAUUAGCCACAGAGGCUGAGCUCAAGGCCAUUGACACGUCUGUCAGAUCUGCUGUUGAUGAAGCCAUGACUAAAGCCAAGGCCGAUCCAGAGCUACCAGUCUCUGAGACCUUUACCAACAUCUAUGCAAACAGCGCCCCCAUGAAGGUCAGAGGGGCCGAUGCAUUCUCCUACCACAAUUCUUAACAACUAUGAGACUGAAUAGAAUCAUCCGAGGAAUAUUUCGUCAAUCUUGAAAUUGAUUGAUUUAAACAAAAAUCAAUUUAGGUCUUACACACUGAUUUAAUGAACAGCUGAGAAUCAGUUUUAGUCUACAACAGAGUCCGUGAUAGCACUGAUUCUAAGAAUCGAUUUUAAGAUUGAGGAAACACCCAGGAUGCAUCUACAGUAUGUGUAAUAACAGAUCCUUCCAUUUGUCUUGAAGGGGGAAAUUCAUGAUCUGUGGUGGAGGGUUGAUCUCUCUGACAAAAAUAUCAUGUAGAUUGGUAUGUUGAAUCAAACUGGAGAUGUGAGGAGAGUUUGUAUGUGUAUUUGCUAAAGGAAUGAUUGAAUCUCAUAUGAAAAAUUGAAUCAGUGAUGCAUAAUGAGGGAGAUGAGAUGUUUUUACAAUAGAAAAAAAAUCGAAAUGCCAAAUAAUUGAACGGUAUGUCUAUUCUAAUCUUUUAUUCAUGGGGACUAAAGUAUUCUCUCAUUUUCUUGUGGAAUGAUAUAUUGGCUCUGAUGAAGGAAAGAAUUAAGGAUGUGAUUGUAUCAUUGAAUGGAAUAAAUAUAACUUAUUUAUUACCUAGAAGAUGUGUGCAGAUGUUUCAUAUUGUAUGAAUAAGUCUAGAAUAAAGAACUGUAUGUUUUAGGUGCAGUUGGGAAACACCAUGAUGUUUGGCACUGAUCCUCUCCUUUUAUUUAGAAACAAAUUUGUAUUCUUUUUACAGCUUGCUAUGCAGGCGUUUAUACUCUAACCGGGUGGUCAAAGUGCUAUUCAAAAUAAGCAAAAAGUUAUCUCUUCUACUAAAUCAAUUCCUAAAGUUGGAAUCCCUAUAUAAUUGUGAAUUUAAAAACAAUAUGAUUUGACUGGACAAAAUUGUGGCUUUACUCUGUGACAGCAAAGUUGAAAGGAAAUACUAAGGAAGUUUUAAUCACCCCACCUAAAAAAUUGUGUACACACCUUUUUAAAUGUUUUAAUUCAUUAUUUGCUUGUAUGUUCAUGAAAGUUUUAUGUUGUACUUGGUGUAACCUAGUUACAAACUCCUUGUCUUGUUCUGCCUCAAAUAUAGAUCCAUGUAUGGCUUUGAUUUCCUCUUCUUUUUGGUGGAGGACUAUAAGGGAAUUUUGAUAAUAUUAGAAUGUGGGUGACAUCAUGCUAUACAAUAGUUGAAGCCUGCACUCAGACUUGCUUGUCUUACCUUAUAGAUUUUUGUGUUUUAUUGUUUUGUUGUUGUUGUUGUAAACCAGGGUCAUCAAAGGUCUGGGCUUCUUAUAGUAUUUACCUGUACUUGGUCAAAAGUUGAUAUCUAAGUAUAUCAAAUGUCAAUGAAAUGUGUAGUGCUCUUUUUCAAU